CGCCCUCACUGGCCCCUCCCAACUCUAUAAGUUCUCCGGCAGGAGAUCGUUGUUGCAGAAGGAGAGGGAGAAAAGACGGCAAGGAUGUCGAGGUGGGCGGUGCUGAUCGUGUUGCUGCUCAACCUCCUCUCCUUGCUCGUGCUCGCGUCCUCCAUCCUUCCGGUGACGGAGCACCAGCCCAAGGCCAACGGCCUGCUCCAGCUGCUCGUCGUCGGCGACUGGGGCAGGAAAGGCGAGUACAACCAAUCGCAAGUUGCCGUCCAGAUGGGACGGAUCGGGAAGGAGCUCGGAGUCGAUUUUGUGAUUUCGACCGGCGACAAUUUCUACGAGGACGGACUGACGGGAAUCAACGAUCCGGCCUUCGAGGAAUCCUUCUCCCAGAUCUACACGGCGGAGGCCUUGCAGACUCCAUGGUACUCCGUUUUGGGGAAUCAUGACUACCGUGGCGAUGCCUUGGCGCAGCUCGAUCCAGCUCUCAACAGAAUCGACCACCGUUGGAUCUGCAUGAGAUCAUUCAUCCUCAACACAGGGAUCGCCGACUUUUUCAUGGUGGACACCUCUCCUUUUGUCGACGAGUAUUGGGCCAUUCCCAACAAGCACACGUACGAUUGGAGGGGAGUGAUUCCUAGGCAGCUUUACAUCAAAACCCUCCUCAAGGAUCUGGACACCGCCCUGAAACAGUCGCCGGCGAAGUGGAAGAUCGUCGUCGGCCACCACACGAUCAGAAGCGUCGGCCACCACGGCGACACCGUGGAGCUCCAAACCCUCUUGCUUCCCGUUCUGGAGUCCAAUGGCGUCGAUCUUUACAUAAACGGCCACGAUCACUGCCUAGAACACAUAAGUAGUACCCACAGCCCGAUCCAGUUUCUGACGAGCGGGGGCGGGUCGAAGGCGUGGAGGGGCAUCGACAGCGCCGCCAACAUGGAGGGCCUGAAGUUCUACUACGACGGCCAAGGGUUCAUGUCCCUCGAGCUCACAGAGACGGAGGCCGGCGUCGCGUUCUACGACAUCAACGGCGACCAGCUACACACGUGGACUGCAUCCAAGCCUCUUUACUCGUCUCAAUGAAAUAGAUAAUCCCAGCAACUUCUGCCUGUUCACGUGUUCGAAUCCUACCAACUGCGCAAACGCUUUGGAGAGGUCAAGCUGCCUCGGCGGCUCCAACCAGGGUUUGCUUCGUCGUUCUGCAAGAGGCUCUAAACACGUUUGAUUGGCAGCUUUUGCCUUCGUAGCAAGUUUCUUUUUUCUUCUUCUUCUUCUUUUUUUCCUAGCAAAAUAUAAAAAGUAAAAAAUAAUUAUAAGGAAUUGCUGGUCGAUUUGGGUGGUCUGUGGUUCUAUCUUUGUGGUGGAUAUGGACAACCCGAAUAAGUUAUAUAGACUUUCCUUUAGCCGCUA